AUGAGCGCACGCAGAAGUUUGAACGAAGAUCAAGUUAUACAAUUGCUGGGCGAUGGAAACUUCUCCGACAUCGAAGAUUUUGAGGACGACGACGACGAAAUCCAACCCAGCACUUUCGAAAAUCUUCAGUUGAAUGAUCCAGAGCCUGAACCACAGCCGUCUGUAGCACCGGAGCCGGAACCGAUGCAAGAUACUCCUGGACCAUCACAACUAACUCCGCGCCCUCGAUCUUUACGGCCACCUUCUCGAAAGAGAGUUUGGAAGCAGCACGGCGGUCGCCGAGCCUCCUGCAAGCGUGUAGACUGCGGCAAAUUCUGCCUACAGUGGCAGAGGACCGUAUCCUGCUUUGGAAUUGUACGAGACGACAAGGAAAAGUUCAAUUCUAUAGAGGGAUAA